CGGAGGACGGCGGCGCGGACGACCCCGGCUACACGCUCGGCGCCUUCGCGUGGGGCGCCGUCUGGCUGGACUCGUUCGCCGCCGCGCUGGCGCACCGCGAGACGCGCGCGGCGCUCGGCCGCGGCGGUGGCCGCAAGGGGGGGACAGCGGUCGUGCUCGGCGCGUCGCUCGGCUACGAGGCGUACGCGAUCGGCCUCUCGCACGGCGUCCGCACCGUCGGCGUCGAGCUGCUCUGCUCGCUGCGCGACCUCGCCGAGCAGGUCCGCUCUGACCGGAGGGUCGUGCCAGACCUGGUCUCGUUCGAGUGCGCCGACGCGCUGUCGUGGCGCUUUCCGAAGGACACGCGCCUCGUCUACUGCGACGACACGGCCUGGGACGCCCACGCGAUCCAAGGCAGCCUCGCCACUGCCCGCCGGGCGACACACAGCCGCUCCGUCCGCCUCGCCAAGAAGCUCGGCGACGAGCUGCCGGCCGGCGUCGUCGUGCUGCACAACCAGCCGCACGGCUUCAACGCCGACCCGCGCUUUAAGCUGCUGCAGGUGGUGGAGGUCGCAACUUCGUGGAACACGCGGCACCCCCUCAUCGUGCACAUGACGCAGCCGGCCAGCAGCGCGGCGCGCGCCGCCCUCAAGGGCGAGCUGUGACGCGGGUGUGCCGGGGUUGGCGCUGUACCCAUUCCCGUAUCGAAGUCCCGUACCCAGUCCCGAGCGCGCAUUCCUUCCUUUACAGAGGCUCCCGAAAUUCUUUUU